CCCCGCCGCCGCCGCCGCCGCCGCAGACCGGCUCCCGGCUCGGCGCGGCGCGGCUCGGCCCGCUCGGCCCCGCCAUGUCGCAGGUGCUGCCCUACGGCGAGGACAAGGUGGGCCGCUACGGCGCCGAGCCCGAGGCGGGGGAGCUGCCCUUCAGCUGCCGCCUGCAGGACACCAACGCCUUCUUCGGGGGCAACCAGGGCAAGCGGCCCCCCAAGCUGGGACAGAUCGGCCGCGCCAAGAGAGUGGUGAUCGAGGAUGACCGGAUAGACGAGGUGCUCAAGGGCAUGACGGAGAAGUCGCCGCCGGGGGUGUAAGCCGGGACCCGCCGCCAGGACCCGCCGGCCGAGCCCCGCUCCAGCCCGCCGCCCCGCAUGCUGGCUGGACCGCCGACGAGGAGGGGGAGGCCAUGCCCGCUGCCCCCCCCGGCCCGGGGGGGGGCCCUGCAGCCACCACCACCCCCCCCCGAGCCAUGCACUUUACCCCUCCGCCUCCCCCGGGGCCGGGACAAACCGCCGAGCCCCCCACCCUGGGCGAAGACCCCCCUCCCCGGGGAAGGGGUCCAGCCCCCUGCUCUGCGGCGCGUCCCCCCAAUCCUCCUUGGCGGAGGGUCCCCGAAUUCCGGGGCGACCCGGCCCCAUGAGCGGAGGGGGGAGCGCUGCUGUCCAGAGACAUUUUUUGCUCCAUCGUUUUUUGCAUGAGCUUGGUGGCCCGGGCGGCCGGCCCGGGGGCCGAGGGUCAGCCCCACCACUCCGGCACGCUUCUUUUUAAACAGAAACUCCUCAUAUUUGUAUUUUUAUAUCCGAAUCUUUGUUAAAAA